AACCGCCACUUUAAAACCAGCCUGCUUCCUGCAUGGCAAGUACUUUUGUGUGAGAGGAAGUGACAUCACAGCACCAGCUCCUGCCACAAAACACACUGAAAACAGAUGUGGACCAAACACAUUUCAGAUCUGUUUGUGACUCUAGAGUUGGACACGGCUCGGCACCCCAAAAAGAGCCUACAAGGCAAAAGAAUCAAACGGCAAAAGAAGCUUUUUGGAACAGCAACACGACGACACAACUAUGUCUGCCGGGCACAAAGAGACUCGGCGAGACACUACAUGUCAAACUGGGACUGUUGUUUUUUUCUCGAACCCUCUGAUGAGCGAUGUGGAGUCAGACUGGUCUCCGAUCCACGACGCAGCCUUCAACGGACGUGUCCUCGCUCUGCGACGCCUCGUCACUCAGGGUACAUGUGUCAAUGUGAACACACUGGACCGGGUCUCCCCCCUCCACGGAGCAUGUAUACAGGGACACGCGGCUUGUGCCAAACUUCUGAUGGAAAACGGGGCACAUGUGAACAGCUCAACUGUGGACGGACACACUCCUCUGUCGGAGGCCUGCGCCCGGGGCCAUGCGACCUGCGUGUCCUUACUCCUCCAACAGGGAGCGACCCCCGUGGGGACAAGCCAGUCCAGCUCUCCGAUCCACAGGGCUGCAGCCAAAGGUCACCCAGAGUGCAUUGCGCCUCUCGUUCAGUACGGCGCAGACGUGGAUCAGCACAUUGACCAGUCAGGCUCCCCUCUCCACGUCGCGUGCUCCAAUCAGCAUCUGAGUGCUGCGAGGAAACUGCUUCAACUCGGUGCCACCGUGAACAAGGGUGUGUCUGGCGACCUGCCCCUGCACAUCGCCGCUCGCCUGUCCCACCCGGAGCUGGUGUCUCUGCUGCUCGACCACGGGGCCGACCAGGGCCUCAGGAACCUAGAGGGCAAACGGCCGCUGGACCUCGCGCCUCCCAACAGCCCGGCGGAGAGGCUGCUGAGACAAGCAGGAGGAGUGCCUCCUCUCAUGCAGCUGUGCAGGCUGAACAUCAGGAGAGAUGUGGGCAAGCAGAGGCUGGGUGGGAUUCGUGACCUUCACCUCCCCACAGAACUGAAACAGUAUUUACUCUACCAAUCAGACUGAAAUACUGAAGACAUUACACUUCUUGGUCCAUAGGGGGCGGACUCGCACAAGCUUACAGUGAGUGGUCGUCGGCUUUAGUUCUCCCCGGCGACAGGACCUCUGCACCGACUCUCGACAUCAAUCUGGACUUUUAUAUGGAGACUUGGAAGUUUUAGAGCAAGAUGUGAUCAUUGAAUAUUCAUUAAAAACCUACAUGCAUAUUUAAAAUGAGGAUAUGGGCUCAUAAGGGUUCAAUAAGUGUUGCGAAAAAUAAACAAUGAAUGAAAAAAAUAAUUUGUGUUAUUACACAAUUCCAUAUUCAGCUAAUAUUGUUUUGAGUUACGAGGGACAAUAAAAAAAGGCCGGAGGUUUGGAUGCGGAGAUGAGCUUCUCUUUUGUUUUGGAUGCUGCUCUCAUCAGUAGAUGAGACCUGCCUCCAUACAAAAUCUCUCUGCUACAAGUUGUUGUCACCGAAAUUCUUGGAAAUUGAUUUUGUUUAUCCGUCUUUGAUCCUCGUGAAGUCAAACAGCAGAUGAACAGACAUCACAAGAUCAAGUUACCUCCGGCAUUUCAAACAACCCUCUGACGGUGAACAUGAUUCCCAUAACGUGAUUUAUUACACCACUGUAUUUUUUUUUAUUCUUCACACAGUAACUAACACGAUUGGGUCAAAUAAAUGUGCCGCACUUUAUUUGAUUAUUUCAAAUUAAAAAGCCAUCAGACAUUUGGGGUUCCUCCUUCAAACUGGA